UGCAUUGGUUAUUAUGUAUUAAAGUUUCUCACUCUCGCUCUCGCUCGCUUUCUCACUCCCAGUGUGGCCACGGCCUUACGGGCUUGUAGGUGUUAAAUGGCCAUGUCAGAUAUUUCCUUUAGCUUUCCUAAACAGACACAGGCAUCGAUGUAACAGUGUAAUUGACAUUGCAUAGAGUUGACAACAAUGGAGACGGGCAUCAGGGUUUAGUUAUAUCAUUAGGACAGCUGUGGAACUUAUUGGUGAGGCUAACUAAUUUUUGGGUUAAGAUUUUAUGUGGGUUUGGUGUUCUGGAGAGAGGUUGAGAUUAUUGGGAACGGCCUUUACUUUGUUGGCUGGUUGUCUCGUCUCAAUAGAGACGUAAGACAACCAUAUGUCAUAGUGACACACAGGUGACUCAAAACAAGGAGUCAUGCAAAAGUCAGGCAUCAGGGCUGAAAACUUAAAAAACUAUUGCUGCAGUGAUUAAUGGAAGCUUGGGUUUGUAAUAAGUGCCCUUUUAUGAUUUAUAUUCACAGUACAGGUAACUCUCGAUUUACGCGAGUAUUGCGUUCUUGGAGAGGUCGCGUAAAUCAAAAACAAUGUAAAUCAAACAAGAGGUAGGUUUCUGUCGAAAAAUAAAUACCGUAUUUUUCAGCGUAUAGCGCACACCUUUUUCUCAAAAAAAUGCCUGAAAGUUUAGCCCUGCGCCUUGUACUCCGAGUGUACAAAUUUUUAAUGAUUUUUUUCUUCUUUGGGGUGUUUUUAAGGGUCUGUUUUUUGUCUUAUCCAAUAACAACGGCAAACUUUCCUUUAUCAUUGUAUAUAAUCCUUCAUAGUCCGUAGCUGUCUUAUAAUAUGUUACCAUAGAAUACAGGGCGAUCUAAUAACUACUAUACAAAAUUGAAAUCGAUGGAGGAUUGCCCAUGCCUUGCUGUUAUUCCGUUUUUCCGUCGGGCGCCAUUUGUAUGAUCUUGAUCUUGAUGUCACAGGUGGCUUGAUUGUAUGACUAAGGAGCAGUACAAGCUACAUAAAAAAUCAUAUUGGAAAAAAAUAUCCAUGUGUUCAUUAUUAAUUAUUAAUAUUAGUGAGAAUAAUGGGGUAAAUAUGAUAUCAGAAACUGUACAUCACGAGUCUUGUACGAGGAGAUAUUUCGCGCAAUACCAGCCAGCCCGCCAUUUGCAUUGUUUACAAACCACACAACCACACCCACACAACAAACAGCUGCAUGGCGCGUGUCACCAGAAACGUGUGAAUUGUGUCUUGCCUAGUUCUCUGUCAUAACCUACGAGUGAUGCAUAACUGACCCAUAUGCCAUGAGGUGCCCCGGCCAGGAGGUGUACUAUGGGCCCCCGGCAGCAGUUUCUCAGAAUGAUUCAAGCCCAAAAAGAGCAUUGAUAUCAGGAGACAAGUUGGUGUUCUCUCCGCCCUUAUAUGUCCAGCGCUAUGAGGCAGUGCAAGAGAUCAUUAUGAACAGCAGACUGCCUGUGACUAAGGUUGUGGACAUCGGGAGCGCUGAGCUGAAGUUCUUCCGUAACCUGCGGUGCAUAAGGGGAGUGCAAGAGGCUGUGCUCCUGGAUAUUGACGAAGAAAAACUGCAGAGCUGCAAAUACCGCGUCCAACCCCUGAUGGCAGACUUCUUGCUGCGGCGACAGGAGCCUCUCACGGUGAAGGUGGUGUGCGGGGAUGCAAGAGUAUACGACCCCAUCCUCUCGGGGGCCCAGGCGGUCACUCUCAUAGAAGUCAUUGAGCACAUGAACGUGGGUGACCUGCCAGCCUUGGUGCAGUGUGUGUUCCAGCGCGUACGGCCACAUCUGGUAGUGGUCACAACCCCAAAUGCCGACUUCAACAAGUUUUUCCCAAACCACACGCCAGGAACCUUCAGACACUGGGAUCACAAGUUUGAGUGGACCGCCGAGGAGUUCCAGCAAUGGUGCCAAGGAGUUGUGGAGGAACACCCAGAGUACAAGGUGGAGUUCUCUGGCUGUGGCCUCGGCCCUGACGGCACCUGCUGCACCCAGAUAGCCAGCUUUUGGCACUACACGCAGUACCUAGAGCAGCCUGACAUUCCCCAAGCAGACACCACAGCCACACCACUUGCAGGGGAGGGCAACACCAUUGAAACAGCAAGCACAGACACAAGUUACAAAAUCGUGGCACAGACGGAGUUCCCGGUUGACACGAGGACGAAGGAGGAGUGGGAGAUGGACUACGCUCUGAGCCGCUUCAACUCCUUACGGAACUACCUUGUGACCGGGGAGAGGCAGGACAUUAACUUGGGCCCUCCCGUGUGGCAGCAGCAGCAGGAGCACACGGAUAACACGGACUACUUCACCCCACAGCCUGGCGUCGUGGGUGUGUUCUCCCCUCCCCUCCUUGGGCCUGUAGCGCCAGAGUAUGUUAACUACAUGGUGCCACAUUAUGAGAGCGAAGAGGCUAUGUACAAGGCAGAGAGCAUGAAGAAUCAGAAUUGCUUUUACAUAAUAGAUAACAGAUAUGCCGUCAUCCCCAUGAGGUCCCUCGAGCACUGGGUGAACACGGGGGUUGAAAUUGACGUAACUGAUGAGUUGAUCAGUAAGGCUGUAGAAGGUGAAUGCAUCGAGACGUCAGGAAGAGGCAGCUCCUGGGUGGGUAAGGUGAUGUUGUACGAAGAGAGUGUUUCCUUCGACAAGACAACUGACACUGAGGAGGACAGGGAAUUUCUGAGAUGGCCUUCCGUGGAGGGCUUAGACGAGGAGACCCACUGUGGCUUGGAGGACAGAGAGGUCAGGUCGCAGAGUGAGGGGCUUGUAGAGGAGUUGGAGAUGUGGGAUUGAGGCCCAAGUAAGUAGUAUCAGAUUGCAGUCAGGGAUUUGUACAUGACUUAGAGAGGAGAACAUAAGAACUCAAGAUCAUAAGAACCUGAUGUGGGAUUGAGGCCUAAAGUAAAUGGUGUUGGGUUGCAAAGUCUGGGAUUUGUACAUGACUGAGAGCUGAGAACACAAGAACAUAAGAUAGUAAGAACUCAAAGUAAGUAGUAUCAGGUUGCAAAGUCAAGGAUUCAUACAUGACAGAGAUGAGAAUGUAAGAGCAUUAGAUCAUAAGAACCUGAUGUGGGCUUCAAGUCUAUUAAGUAAAGAGUAUCAGGUUGCAAAGUUAAGGGUUUUUACAGGACUUAAAGAUGUGGGAUCAAGUUCUAUAAAGUAAAUAUCAGUUUGUCGAGUAAGGAGUUUGUACAAGACUUGGAAAUGUGGGAUUGAGGUGUAACAAAGAGUAUCAGGAUGCCAAGUUAUGGGUUUCUACAAGAUUUAGAGAUGUGGGAUUGAAGUCUAAUAAGAGUAUCAGGAUGCCAAGUUAGGGGUUACAAGACUUAGAGAUGUGGGGUUGAGAUCUAAAAUAAAUAGAACAUUUCCUUAUAGAUGGCAACAUAGGAUUGAGUUCUGUAAAAUAAAUAGGAUCAAGGGUUUGUACAAGAGUUAGAGAUGUGUGAUUGAGGACUAAUAUAGAGUAUCAGGAUGCCAAGUUAGGGGUUACAAGACUUAGAGAUGUGGGGUUGAGAUCUAAAAUAAAUAGAACAUUUCCUUAUAGAUGGCAACACAGGAUUGAGUUCUGUAAAAUAAAUAGGAUCAGGGGUUUGUACAAGAGUUAGAGAUGUGUGAUUGAGGACUAUAUAGAGUAUCAGGAUGCCAAGUUAGGGGUUACAAGACUUAGAGAUGUGGGGUUGAGGUAAAAAAUAAACAAAACAUUCCUUUAUAGAUAGCAACAUAGGAUUGAGUUCUGUAAAAUAAAUAGGAUCAGGGGUUUGUACAAGACUUUGAGAUGUGUGAUUGAGGACUAUAUAGAGUAUCAGGAUGCCAAGUUAGGGGUUACAAGACUUAGAGAUGUGGGGUUGAGGUCUAAAAUAAAGAGAACAUUCCUUUAUAGAUAGCAACAUAGGAUUGAGUUCUGUAAAAUAAAUAGGAUCAGGGGUUUGUACAAGAGUUAGAGAUGUGGGAUUGAGGACUAAUAUAGAGUAUCAGGAUGUCAAGUUAGGGGUUACAAGACUUAGAGAUGUGGGGUCGAGAUAAAAAAUAAACAAAACAUUCCUUUAUAGAUAGCAACAUAGGAUUGAGUUCUGUAAAAUAAAUAGGAUCAGGUUGCCAAGUUAGAGGUUUUGACAAAGAUGUGGGAUUAAAGUGUAAAAUACCUAGAACAUUCCUUAAUAGAUGGCAACAUGGGAUUGAGUCCUGUAAAAUAAAUAGGAUCGAGUUGCCAAGUUAGGAGGUUUGUAUGCUGGGUAGAAACAUGGGAUUGAGGUCUAUAAAAUCAAUACUAUCUUGCUAUAUAGAUAAAGACGUAGGAUUGAAGUCCAUGUAUAGUAUUUACUUCGAUGGAGAUGUGGGAUUGAGGUCUUUAACCCUUUCAAUACGGUGACGCUGAUGUCGGCGUCACCAUAUGGAAAAGGUUAAUCCUCUUUUAAACCUCUUAAUCCUCUUCCAUUUCCUCUUAAUCCUUUUCUAAAUCUCUUAAGAGGAAAUGGAAGAGUAUUAAGAGGUUUAGAAGAGAAUUAAUCCUCUUCCAAUUCCUCUUAACCCUGCGUCACCAUAUUGAAAGGGUUAAAAGUAGUUGUCUCUUCAUAUAUAGAUAAAAAGAUAUGGGAUUGAGGCCAAAAAUGAAUACCUUAUUAAAUAUAGAAGGUAAAAAGUCAUAAAAACAUUGCUAGAUUUACUUAUUACUCAGCUACUUUUACUACUACUGCUACAUGUACUUUUAAUAAUACAUGUCAAUCAGCUGCUGUGCAUUUGAAUACCACACGAAAGAGGGUAAAAGAAACGUGUCGGUACCUUCCUCCUUUUAUUGCAAAUGUCAUGUUUUUUCAUCUUGGUACCCAGUUGCUUUUACUACUACCACAUGCACUUUUAACCCGGUAGCAGCGACGGGCCAAAUUUGUGGCUUUACCGUGUAGCAGCGACAGGCAAAAUUUGUGGCUUUACCGUGUAGCAGCGACGGGCCAAAUUUGUGGCUUUACUGUGUAGAAGUGACGGGCAAAAUUUGUGGCUUUACUGUGUAGCAGUGACGGGCAAAAUUUGUGGCUUUACCGUGUAGCAGUGACGGGCAAAAUUUGUGGCUUUACCGUGUAGCAGCGACGGGCCAAAUUUGUGGCUUUACCGUGUAGCAGUGACGGGCAAAAUUUGUGGCUUUACCGUGUAGAAGCGACGGGCAAAAUUUGUGGCUUUACUGUGUAGCAGCGACGGGCCAAAUUUGUGGCUUUACUGUGUAGCAGUGACGGGCAAAAUUUGUGGCUUUACCGUGUAGAAGCGACGGGCAAAAUUUGUGGCUUUACCGUGUAGCAGUGACGGGCAAAAUUUGUGGCUUUACCGUGUAGCAGUGACGGGCAAAAUUUGUGGCUUUACCGUGUAGCAGCGACGGGCAAAAUUUGUGGCUUUACCGUGUAGAAGCGACGGGCCAAAUUUGUGGCUUUACCGUGUAGCAGCGACAGGCCAAAUUUGUGGCUUUACUGUGUAGCAGUGACGGGCCAAAUUUGUGGCUUUACUGUGUAGAAGCAACAGGCCAAGUUUGUGGCUUUACUGUGUAGAAGCAACAGGCCAAAUUUGUGGCUUUACUGUGUAGAAGCAACAGGCCAAAUUUGUGGCUUUACUGUGUAGAAGCAACAGGCCAAAUUUGUGGCUUUACUGUGUAGAAGCAACAGGCCAAAUUUGUGGCUUUACUGUGUAGAAGCAACAGGCCAAAUUUGUGGCUUUACUGUGUAGAAGCAACAGGCCAAAUUUGUGGCUUUACUGUGUAGAAGCGACGGGCCAAAUUUGUGCCAUGAUUUUAACCCCAAAAAUAGAUGAUACAUAAACUGAUCACAAAUGCUU